AUGGGCUACACACGCGAGCGCACCAAUCGACACUUCUUUGUGUCCCGUGCCAAUGCCUUCUUCUCCCGUCUGCCGAUUGCCCGCAUUCAGCGCGCGUUGGCGAUGGAGGCGAUUAAGAAGGGCUCCAUGAAGCCGUGGAAGCACACCAAGGAGCAGAUCAUCGGCUCUCCCAUCACGUGCAACUUCGAGUACAACCCGCGACCGGUGCGGCUCAUUGGCACGGUCAUGGACGCGCACACCGAGGAGACGAGCAUUAAGGGUGGGCUAAAGGUGUACGCGCGCAACGAGGAGGCGAACAUGAUGCUGUGGAUCCCCGCCGGCAACCCCAAACUGAAGUAUGAGGUGACUUCUGCGAAGGGCAGCUUUGAGCAUUACCUGGACGAGCGUAGCAAGUGGGAUGAGGCGUGGCUGACGGGCCGCGCUCGCAUGAAGUAA